AUGAAUAUGGAUGAAAAAGUAACAACUGAGUCUGUAGUAUCCACAAGCGAACAGCCAUCGACUCCAGCAGUCUCUUCAAAUGAGCAAAAUGUUGCUGAAAUCAUAUUGGCCACAACAGAGCCACUUGAGCCUUCGAAGCCAUUAGUGGAUGAUAAACUAAAUGGAACAACUGAACUGUCAUCUGUGAUAAAAAUAGAGGAAAAACUUGAUGAAAAACGAGACGAAAAAUCUGAUCGUUUAAAAGCUAAAACUGAGAAAGAAGAACGUCGUUUAUGUUUAUUGAAUGAUUCGAAUUAUGGUGUUGUGCUUUGUUUUAUGGAUAAAUUUCGUCCGUUACUCGAUUUGAAUGAUUAUUCCUUACGACAAUUUGAAGAACAUUUAUUAAGUGAUAAUGAGAAUAUUAAUCAACGCUUAAUUGAUUUUCAUAUCUUAUUACUUAAACGUUUAUCAAUUGGUAAAAAUGCGAAACGCGAAAAAUUUGUUUCAAUAAUAACAAGAUUUUCAUAUCGAUUUAAUUGGGAAGACGGCGAUCAUUUGACAUCCGCUGGUUAUGCACGUGCAACAAUCAAUGUGAAAAUUCGUAUUCUAAAGAAUCUGCUUGAAUCCCAAUUUGAUCAAAAUCAAACAUUUAAAGUUGCAUUGCAAGAUAAACCAUCGAAUGAGAUUCGCUCACAACCGCUUGGAAGAGAUCGAUAUGGUUCAUCUUACUGGCUAUUUAUGGAUAACGAAUGCUUUAUACGUUUAUUUCGUGAGAGUUCAGAUUGUGAAAAAACAUGGUCAAAUAUAGCAAAAAAUGCUGUAGAAUUUGAACGCUUUAUAAAAUGCUUAGCAUACGAUCAAAUAUUGAAGAAGAAAUACCAAGAAUGGAAGCUUGAAAUACCAACAUUUUUUUUAUCUGGUUUGCCUGAAGAUUCCAUUGAUCCUAAACUGUAUUUUGAUGAUACUAAAGAAAUCAUUCCAAAAUUAGAUGAAAAUGAAAAAGACGAUGUUAAGAAUGGUACUGAUGAAAACCCAUCUGCGGAGAAUGGAAUUAGUGAAACAAAUAUGAAACAAGAUGAUGAAAAUAUAAAUUCAGAUACCGAAAGUGAUCCAUCACAAAAAAUAUUGAAAAAUGUGACAGUUAAACUAGAAGAUAUAUCAAUUCCACCAAUUAAAUCUGAGGAUAACAAAGAAGAGGAAAUAAAGUACAAUAAACAGAAUGAUGACGUUAAAAAGAGUCCAGAUGAUAGUAAAAUUUUAAACGGAACGAAUCAACAACAAGUUAAGACAGAGAUGGUCCAUAAGUAUUAUUAUGACGAAAAAAAUGAUGUAGCUAAACGGCGAUCAAGACGAAGAGCUGUUAGCUGGACAAGAAAGAAAAGAGUAAGAAAGAAUAAAGCUAAACAAAUUGACUAUGAUGAUACGGACACACUACAACAUGAACCCGAAGAAAAUAAAAAACAGAGAAACAUAACAAAUGGUAGAAAACGAAAAUAUGUGGACGAUGAGAAUAGUACUACAAAUGAUGGUGAUGAAAAUUCAAAUUUGUUAACACCAAACACGAAUACUGAUGAAACGUCGGUCAGUGAUGACCGUCCCAUUGCGCUUCGACGUUCGAGACGUACAUUAAAGACAGAAAUUACAACACCGACUAAAGACAAAUCAAACACUCAAUUAGCUUCUUCACAAUCAACACCAACGAAAACGAAACGUACAAAGCAAAAGAGACGUGUAAAAAUUGUUGGCGAUGUGUAUUUGAGUGAAACAAGUUCAGAUGAUGAAAGAAUAAUUUCAGACGAAGAUGACGAUUAUAUAGAGGAGGAGCCAGAUCAUCUUGACUAUGAAAUGGAAAUAGAAGACAAUCAGGAUGAAGAUGACUAUAUACCAUCAGCCACAACCGUCCUUUCUAAACAUCGUAAAGAAACAGAAACAGACAUUGACGUUGAUUGGGCUUUAUUACCCGAACACUUAUCGACUACCGCCUGUAGUACUUGUUCAAAAACUGAUCAUCCAGAAUCAUUACUAUUAUGUGAUGAUUGUGAUGAUGCGUAUCAUACAGAUUGUUUAAAACCUGCUUUACUUACAGUACCUGAUGGUAAUUGGUAUUGUCCACUUUGUGAACAUAAACGUUUAUGUGAAAUAUUAGUGGAAAAAUUAAAACAAAUAAUUCAAAAUUAUGAAGAAUUAGAAGCGAAACGUAAUCAAGACGUUUUGAAACGAAAAGAUCGUUUAUCAAAUGUAUAUGCAAAUUUAAAUUACAUGUUUAAAGGAAACAAAGAUGGAAAUACUACACGAAAAAAAAAUUACGAUUAUUACUCCGACGAUGAACCCGAAGAUGAACGGUCGCAUGACAUAACAGAUCAAGAGAAAGAAAAUGAAACAUCGGCAAAUAAUGUUGAAAAAGUUGAUAAACAAUCGUCUACUACUAAUCGAUCCGAUAAACCAGUUAAUCGUGUGCCGUAUGAACAGCUCGGGGUGAGAUCAUGUAGAACGAGAAAUCAAAUCAAUUAUAGAUUUGAUGAUUAUGAGAAACAAAUGAAAAGUGCUAUAUUAGAUGAUGAUAAAGCAAAAGAAAAUAAAGAACAAUCAGAUACGUCCGAUGAUGAAUUAGCAAAAAAGAAGCGACGAUAUGAAGAGGAUGGUGAUUUUAGUGAUGGUGAAAAGGGAAAAAAGCUCGGUCAUUCAAGUGAGGAAGAGGAUGAAGAUGAAAAUGAGCAAGAAGAAUUGAGCGGUGAAGAAUUGUCGGAUACUACUGCUCAUGACAGACGACAAAAAAAUCGAUCCUGUCGUCCGUCUCGACGAAAAUCAAAUAGAAAUUCACACGGUGACGAUUUUGCAUCAGAUGAUGCAUCAGUCCAUAAUGACGAUUAUAAUUCUGAAAGUGAUGAUUUCGAUUCAAAAUUCGAUUCACGUCGUCGAUCAACACGAAAUAAAACAAAUCAAAAAUAUGCAUUCAAUGAUGACGAAGAUGAAAAACGUAAAAAGCAGAUAAAGAAAAAGCGACGUUCAGAUGAUGAUAGUUUUGAAUCGAACGGUGAAUUAAAUGAAGAUAAAAGCCAAUCGACAAAAAAACCACCAUACCGUGCAAGUAUUACAGAUCAUUUAAAUCGAUUAUUUGUGGAUAGAUCGGGACAUGCAAAUAGCGAUCGAGAAGAAGAUGAAGAUGAUAGAUUUGAUUCGGCUGAUGAAGAUGUUUCAUGGAAACGGCAUGCAGGAAAACGUUUGGAAGACGGUGAACAAGAUUUAGAGAAGAAAAAAUUAAAAACUGCUAAUAAUACAGGACAAAAUGAUGGAAAAAAGCUAAAUGAUAAUCAAAACACGACUUUUUCUGCUUCCCGAACUGGUAGUAAUUCGUCGUUAUUAAAUAAACAAACAAGUGUAACAGGUGUCGGUUUUAAUAAAGUCACAAUGGGUCCGUUGAUUCAACGCCCAUCAGCAACUAUUCCACGUCAUCCAGUUCAUAGUUAUCAAACUCCUAUGGCCGAUCCCACUUUAAGAUGGCAAACCGUUCGUCCUCCUGAAAAACUUGCUAAUAUGGUUUCAAAUACGAAUGGCAGUAUAUCGAUUUCUCCACGAUGGCCAUUACCGAGAGGACCACCACCUAUAUCUUCACAAACAAUGAAUGGUCACAACGCACCUCAUCUCACUACAACAUUGCCUCCAUCCCCACUACAAAAUGAAAAGAAAACUUUUACGUUAUUGCAAAGUAGUCAACCACAAUCAUGGAAUGGGCAAACAUUUCCUAGCUAUCCUUAUCAACAAACUCCAAUUACACAACAACAAUUCUCCAAUCAACAUUUGUACCCGGUUAGUGACUCACAAACAUCAACUCCUAAUGAUAAUCUUUAUAAUUUGAAUCCAGUGCAGCCUUCAUCAGUUUUACCUUCUCCUAUUAAUGCGUCAUCUAACUUUUCAUCUCUACCAUCCCAUGAUAACCAAGCAUCAUUAAAAAUUGCAAAUCCAGUUGAACAAACUAAUGCCAAUACAAAGCAAGACUCAUCACCUGUUAUUCUGACAGAAUUAUUAAAAAAUGAUAAUCUUCCGAAUAGUAUUAAAGAAUCUGGACAGGUACAACCAUUGGCUGUGAACGAUGAUGCUAAAUUUAUGAUUGGUGAUAUAAAGAAAGCAAAUGUUUUAUCAGAUACACAACCACAAUCAGCGACUUCUCAAUAG